AUAAUGCUAAUUGACGCGCACCGUCAGCUGUUCUCUUUUAGCCCCAGAAGUUAUGGCCGGAGCUGUCCGCUCACCAGUUCAUCGGACGGCCAUUGCUGUUCGUCCAGUUCUCGGUCUGCUGCCGCUGAGAAACGCCGCGUGCACGUGCCAAUCACGUGAUCAGCAGCCCUCUCAACUAUCUACUCCAUCAUCAAACCUUGCUCCCUCCAGGAACUUUACAUCAUGUACCACAUCUAGGAAGACGAGAAACUCUGAUAGCUGGUUUUCAAACCAUUCGAUGCACCACACUAUGGCAACAGGGGAUGGUGUUGCCAGUAGCAACGGAGGGGGUGAGGGGUCGCGAAGGUCACUGUUUUUUCCUCGGAGAGCCGUCAUGUACGUGCCAGCCUGCGACGAGAGGAAGGUCUUGAAAACCACAACCAUAUCGGUGGAUUCCAUCAUCUUUGACAUUGAGGACGGAGUGGCUGCCAAUAAGAAGGAUGUUGCGAGGAAGUCCAUCGGUGCUGCCAUAGCAACCAGUCGCCGUGACGACAGCCAAUCUUCCCUCAGCGAGCACGUCGUGCGAGUCAACGGAGUUGGGAGUGGUCUCAUGAACCUUGACCUCCGAGAGGUGUUCAGGUCAUGUGACAGUCACGGGGUGUCACCUGAUGCAAUCAUGCUACCAAAAGUUGAAUCAGUGGAACAUGUUGCUGAGCUGGACUUGUGUCUGUCGUUCCACCGUCUCUCCCUCCCUCCUCUCCCUCUCUUCAUCAUGGCAGAGUCUCCUCUGGGACUCCUCCAUCUUCACCACAUCUGCCACUUUGCCACUCACGGCACUCGUCAUCUCAGACUCGCGGCUGUUGUAUUUGGUUCUGAUGACUACCUCGCUUCCAUUGGAGGAGUGAGGACGGAUAGUGGGGCAGAGCUGGCGGCAGUCAGACAGGCAGUGGUGGGUGUGGCCAGUGCUAAUGGUGUCGCCGCUAUCGACAUGGUCUCAACUAACUUCAGUGGUUAGUAACUCCCCUCUUCCCUCUCCCCCUCUCUCUCUCCCUUCUCUUCUUCUUCCCAUAAUGUAAGGAAAGUUUACCCUAUCACAUGUGCACCAUCCUUACUCAAUGAUGUUGCCUCUAAACUAACUCAUUACAUUAUCCUAUAAUAAUCCUAUAUAGACAGUGUAUGCAUGUGGAGUAUAUAAGACUCAGUCAGAGUUGAGCUUCGAAAAAAAAUCUGACUGCACUGAGGGAACAGGCAGAUGAAGGAGCACGGAUGGGGUUCAAUGGCAAACAAGUCAUCCACCCAGCUCAGGUGCCAGUGGUUCAGGAAGCCUUCUCUCCCAGUGAAGAGAGGGUGGAGUGGGCCUCACGUCUCAUUUCUGCCUUCAACCACCACCAACACUCUGGACAGCCUUGAUCCUGGAUCACUUCCCUUCCCCAGCCAUGUAUGCACACACGCCCAACUGUCGUGACAAACAGGAGGGAUGAGGAAGUUAAACUUCCCACAAGUGACGGAAUUACACUUCCUAUGAGUGACUAAUUGAAAUUCCUUAGCAUGCGUGACACUCUUGUAUGUACCACACAUAUUGCUCCUAGUUUAUAAUGCUAUUGGCAAUAAAUCAUGAUUAGGUUGUCUCACUCCCACUCACCAAUUAACCCUUGUGUAUUAUAUUGUUUAACCCCUCUGUUCCCCAGGGGGCAUUUGUGUACGAAGGUCACAUGAUUGACAGACCGCUACUACUGCAGGCCCAGAACAUUGUUAGUCUCCAUGGCAACCAAUCUUCAAACAAGUAAUU